AUGGCGGAGGUGAAGUGCGGCACCGCAGCGGCCACUCCCGCCGCCGCUAACGGGCUGGUGGCGAUGAGCGCCGAGCUGGAGGUGAAGAAGCUGCAGGAGCUGGUCAGGAAGCUGGAGAGGCAGAACGAGCAGCUACGGAACCGGGCGAGCGCCGUCAGCAACUGCACCGCCAGCCCGCACCUGCUGCUGCCGCCGCCGCCCGCAAUGCAUCAGCUGUCUGCCCUGGCACGGCCCGCCGGACUAUGCCUGCCCAGCCCGGUGCCCACCCUGCUAUGCACCUCUGCUAUCGGGGGAAGCCUGUACCCUCCAGGUCACAUGGGCUAUUACAGUACUAGACCACUGCUGUCAUGUCUGAGUGCCACUGAGGGGCCACUGACUGACCACUCCAGUACCGGUGCCACCCUCCUGGAUGAGGUGGACAUACUGGACCUGGAAGAUGGGUAUUGUAGCGAAGAGGAAGACACCUGGCUUUACGUGUCCCCUACCAAGAAGCAGAAACGGUUUGAGUCUGCCCUCAGCCCACUGGAAUGGUGUAGGCAAUUUCUAGAUCAUCCAAGUCCCGAAAUAGAAGCAGCAAAGAGAUCACUUUGCUUCCGACUUGAGCAAGCUGGUCGUUGGAGGAGUCUCUUUUCUACUCCUGUUUCCUCUUUCCCAUAUAGUCCAGUUGCGAGACUCACUCCAUUUUGCAACGGCUUAAAUUCUCCCAGCAUCCUUAAAACCCCAACUAAAGCAAUACUAACACCAGAAAAGACAGGUUACAAUAUGAAGACUUCACCCUUGAGCCCACAGUCUUCAAUAGACAGUGAACUCAGCACGUCCGAGCUGGAAGAUGAUUCCAUCUCCAUGGGUUACAAACUACAGGACCUGACUGAUGUCCAGAUCAUGGCACGGUUACAAGAAGAAAGCCUUAGGCAAGAUUUUGCAUCUACCUCCACUUGUAGUUCAGUAUCAAGACAUCGCUCAAGCCUUUCUCCGUAUUCUGGAAAGAAAAUCUCAUGUGCCAGUAGUGAUCAGGAAUCAGACCGUUAUAGCGUUGACGAUGAUGAUGAAGAAUUUGAUCUGCUACCACCACCUCAACCAAGACUGAGUCGGUGCUCUCCUUUCCAACGAGGCAUUCCUCACUCGCAAACUUUCUCUAGUAUUCGGGAAUGCAGGAGAAGCCCCAGUUCUCAGUUCCUGAAUUCUAAUGGAUAUCAGCAAUACAGUUUUUCUUCUCAAGUUCAGACUCCAGAGCAACCACAAAAUAGAACUAGUGCAGAUAAAUUGCGUAGAAGCAUGCCCAAUUUGGCUCGAAUGCCCGGCAUGGGAACAACAACGACCUCCACUGUGGUUUCUCCAGUUACAGUACGCAAUAGCCUAAGUUUUGAUUCUAAUCUGCAUGGAGCUGCAAAUGGAUUAUCCAGAUUGCAGUCUAGUAUACCAUCACCUGGUCAACUUCAGCAGAGGGUACACAGUGUGGGGAACUUCCCAGUGUCUGUGAGGCCGCCUCUGAAAGCUACAGCCUAUGUCAGCCCAACCAUACAAGGCCAUGGUGGCAUUCCUCAGUCAACAAGUCUACAGUCUAUAUCAAGUUCUGGGAUUCCUAUGCCUAACAAGACUGCAAGUUCAUUGCCUAUAGCCAGAAGUGGUCUACCAAGACCAGCUUUGUCAAGCGUUGGUGCAAGUAGUAUACCAAGGAGUAAAAUUGUUACUCCACGCAGUUUUAUUCAGCCUCCGAAGACACUUUCAUCACUGAGUACUCUACGAGACGGAAACUGGAGAGACGGCUGCUACUAA